AUGCUGCUAUCCCUCGCGCUCUCUCCUUUCUUAUACGCCGACGACGACGCCUCUCUGCAUACCACGCCCGGACCACCUCCAUCAGCACCCGUGGCUCGCGGCCUAGCAACGCACAAUGGGGAUUCCGUGUCAGCCGCGUCUGAUGCGUCCUCUCCCGCCCUGUGCCGCCCAACCGUUCCUCUGUGCGUGUUCCCUGCCCAUCCCUCACCCCAUUUCCUAUCUCCCUCUGUGCUGCACACUCCCCCCGACGUCCCUGCGCCGCUGUACAUGCCCCAGCCACACUACCCCCGUCUCCCGCUCCCGGUGCCUGUGCACCCCUUGCCUCAUGCGCACGGGCGCCCCCCGGAUGCGGAUGCGACAGUUCGUCGCGAUCUCACGUCUCCCGCGUCUCCUUCGCGACCCAGCGUCAGAUACGCGGCGGGAGAUACGCGGCGGGAGAAUGGCCGCGCAUCGGCUCACCCUUCGCGCGGUCGCGUCCAGGACACCAGACGCGCUGCGCGCGUGACGCCGGCGCGACAGACAGCGCGGGCACAUCGACCCAUGGACGUGGCCGCCCUGCCCGCACAGCGUGCGCGACCCGCGCCCUCCCCGGUCAUCCGAGUGCGAGGGACAUGCCGCACGACGCACCGAGAGAUCCGUCGCAUCGCGGGCCUCGCGGCACGCUGCGCACAUCCGCCCGUUGCGUGCCGUCUGCCGCUUCCCGAUGCUGCGGACAGCAUCGACGGCCCUACCGUGCGGCAUCCAGCUGAGCGCUCGCGCGAAGCCGCCGUGCGUCCGCAUCCUUGCCAGACGAGGGUGUUGCACUCGCGCGGUGUCCUUCUCCUCCUGGCAUCGGCCAAGCGUGCGAGCCCGCUACCGUACGCAAAUCCUAUUUGCGCGCAUGUGCGUCCUGUCACCCUGUCGACGCGCGCACGCAUACCCUCCCAACGUGUGGCGCCUGCCGAAUACCAUCGACAUCUGGAGUUUCUGUCCGCGUGUGUGCCGGUGCGGCUAGCCUGCGAACGACGGGCGGCUGGCUCGUACAUGUACGAAGCGGAAUGA